AUGUCUAUCUCAUCUGUUCUUAUCUAUCUCUCUGUCUAUCUAUCUACAUAUCUUAUUCGUAUGUUUCAGUCUGUUCUUAUCUAUCUAUCUAUCUAUCUAUCUAUCUUAUUCAUAUAUUUCUCUGUGUCUCUAUGUCGCUCUCUCUCUCUCUCUCUCUCUAUCUAUCUAUCUAUCUAUCUAAUCUUAUUCAUAUGUUUUAGUCUGUUCUUAACUAUCUAUCUAUUUUAUUCAUAUGUUUCACAUGUACUUAUUUAUCUCUCUAUCUCUCUAUGUCUCUAUCUCUCUUUUUCUAUCUAUCUAUCUAUCUAUCUAUCUAUCUAUCUAUCUGGCUGGCUGGCUGUCUGUCUAUCUAUUUAUCUUAUGCAUAUGUUUCAGUCUGUUCAUAUCUAUCUAUCUAUCUAUCUAUCUAUCUAUCUAUCUUAUCUCUCUAAUUUUAUUCUUAUUCUGUUCUUAUCUAUCUAUCUAUCUAUCUAUCUAUCUAAUUUUAUUCUUAUGUUUCUAUCUGUUCUUUUCUAUCUAUCUAUCUAUCUAUCUUAUUCAUAUGUUUCAGUAUGUACUUAUUUAUCUCUUCCCAUUUCAUCUCUCUUUCUUUUCUUCUAUCUAUCUAUCUAUCUAUCUAAUCUCAUUCAUAUAUUUCUGUCUGUUCUUUUCUAUCUAUCUAUCUAUCUAUCUAUCUAUCUAUCUAUCUAUCUAUCUCAACCUAUAUCAGCUGAAGCCGGAAAUACCACGUCGAAUUUCUUCAGAAAUGUAUCACGUGAUAUUUCGCCUCGUUUUGCACAGCCGGCGGCCAAUCUUGUCUUUUCUUUGCUGCUCAAUUCUUCUGAAAGUUACUCCCUCCUUCUAUUCUUCACCGAGCAAUUUUCUCCGCUCUCUCUCACUUUUCUGAUUCUCUUUCUCCCUCAGUCCCAACCCUUGUCUCUCACUGUCACUUUUCCAUUCAUCUCGCAAACAAACUGUAUCAUUCUGGGCGGUUCUCAAGAGAGUUUAUAA